UAACACUAGUUGUGCUUCUGUGCUUUCAAUAUUUUUUGAGUUGUCCAUCCUCUGGAUUCUGGUUUCCUAGAAAAACUCUAAUGGAGCCAAUUUUUUUUUAUGGUAAUUAUGAGAACAACUUAAAAGUCAGCAGAGAGAGAUUUGUUUGAUUAGGGAUAGAUACUUAACCCCACAACAAAGACAGGAAUAUUAGUUUGGCAAACAACAAUUACAAAAUGCUUCUCUUUUUGGAAUAAUUCAACAGCUUGAUAUUAGCAGAGAUUUACUUUUUCUUAAUUAACCUAACCAUGGAUCAACUUCCCUACUACAAAAGCACAUGUAUCCCAAGUUUCUACCACACAGAACCUGGACUGUUCUUGGACAUUAAUAUUGAAGGUGCUGAAGAGACAGAUCUAAAAUAAUACCUAAUUAAUGUGUUAGUUAAAUAUGGAUAGUGUAUAGUUAAAUGCAACCUCUCUAGCACAUGUAUGUUUACACAUGCCCAGGUGCGCUAUAGACAAAAUGUCCAUGACCUAAAAAAAACAUCAAGGAAACUUUUUAGAAUAGUUUCCACGUUUACACUCCACCAAAGAGUGCAGCACUUGAAAAAACAACCUUUUUUUAGUAUACUUGUUUAUAUGUGUGUUAUAACAUAAUGAGAACGUUCUGCAAGCACAAAAAUAUUACAAUUUAAAAUGUCAAUUGCAUACUCUACUUUGAACCUUCAAGACAAAUUGUCUGUACUCUUGUAAAAGCAAGUGUCCUGGUGCUCAGAGAAACUAAACAGUGUACCAGGAGGAACAAAAGCAUAAAUAAUUGAAACAUGCUUCUCUCCCUUUGUUAAGAGAGUAAAACUUGAUUAUUUCUAACUUCAGGGUAAGAAAAAUACUUCCAAAUUAAAGCCACAUUAUGAAGAAAAGUACUUUAAGCAGCUGAGAUUCAAUUAAAAUCUCUUAAUUGUUUUCUAACACACUAAUCUGAUAGGUCUUAUUUUUGGGGCAAUGCAUGGCACCCUUUCUAUUAUUAUAAUUAUAGCAUGUAUAUAUAUAUAUAUGGUUAACUUACUUUUUUUCGUGUGAUUCAUGUCAAAUAAAAAAUAUAUAGCAGUUUAAAAUGAAAAUUCACAUGAUACUAAAUUCAGGACUCUAAGUUUAUCGCCUAAGACAAAUCAUAGAUCACAAUGAAAAGCUAAACUAUGAAUGAUAACCAUGCAAGCUUUCAAUAUUCUUUGAGUUGUCCAUCCUCUGGGAGUAAGUUAGUAGUAAGUUAUAAAACGUAUAAUAGGUAUCGGUUCAUAGGAAAUUUGCUGCAGUUUUGCUGCCAGAUGAUUAAGUUACUGCAGUAAAUUAUAAUGUGAAACUUAUAGCAGUAUGGUAUCAGUUUAUAAAACAGGGGCCAAAAAAACUGCUUUUGAAGAUUGCAAAUUAUGAUAUCAGAGACAGGACAUAUGGGAAAGUAAGAAAGGCUCAAUUUCCAAAGCAUUCACUAUUAAAAUGUCAAUGGAGAUAUUGUUUUGGUUUUUGGUUUUCUACAUAUUUUAUCUUUCCUUUUUGGAAUGUGGGAGAUAGCUUUAACCUCAGACCAAUCUUCUCUCUCUUCUUUUUUCUCUUCAAGAUGCUUUGCUGCACACACCUUCCUCAAUUGUCUCCUCAUCGUUCCAAUCUUUUUGUCCCUUUUGCCCCCAUUGACAUGCAUCUGCAUUACUUUGAGAGUACGUACAAGUCCAUUGACCCUUUUAAGAGAAAUAACUCAGCCUCCAAUUGAAUUCCAUCUUUUGGACAAAAAAAGGUACCAUGUCUCCAAGUUCCUUGCUUCUCUCAACAUCAGAUUGUAAAUUAUCAUCAGGAUCUUUUAUGUUGAGAGAAACUGCAGAUAUAUUUCCUCUUUGUUUGGAUGGUGGAACCUAUGUAUAGGGGUCUCGUCAUAUAUGACCUCUUUGUCCAUUAAUAAGACACCUUUUAGUUUGGAGAAGCUGCAAUAUAUGUCCUCUUUGUUGGUAAUUUCUCUGGCUACAGAAACUGUUGCCAUUAUGUUGAGAUAUCAGCAUUGUCUUAUUUCGUUAUUAGUCUAUGCUUCAAUUUUACAAAGUUGUCUUCUGCAAUAAUGUUAGUAAUUUAUUUUUUUUAUUUUUUUAUAAAUAGCAAGGAUAUCAUAUUAAAUAGUGAACAUUGUUAACCAGCUCAAUCUGUCUAGAGAUGCAGGAAGUAAGAUCUAAAACUCACAGGCUAUCACCCUGAAUACCAUCGAGGUAAAAGCCAAAUGGUGACUAUGUGCAGCAGAAUAGUGAGGGACGCAGUGGUUUCCCAUUUUGCCUUCAUAUGGUCAUUAGUAUAUAUCUUAGACUACUCAAGACCACUACCACCAAAUGCCUCAGCUAAUGAAGCAAUGAAAUUAUUGAAUGGUGUUCUUUACAGAGAUGUGUCCCGUGAUGUUUUGGAUCAAAUAGGAUAUAUGCAGGGUGGGGGAGUUAAGCUCAAGGAAAAUUCCAUACCAGAACCAAGAUUGAUGAGCAUAAGUGAACUUGAGGAGUUUCGGCCUCUUAUUAAAUUCAAACGUGAUUGUGAGGUUGACGCCAUUUUCAAAGUUCUUGAUGGUCUGAUGUUCAAGGGUGCAGGAUAUUUGUUCAAGAAAAUACCAACAAAUUCUAGAAGUUGCUGGGAAGUUGAACCAUCAUAAGAGGAGCUCCUAAAGUUUAAACCUACUGUAAAUACCACAUCUGAUAAUUUGGAGUGGCUUUCACAGCUUUGUGGUGAACAAAAGAAAAAGCGGAUAAUAAAAAGUGAUAAAGAGAGUGGGAAACAAGACUAGUGAUGUGAACAACUUUGGCUAACACUUUGGGGUGUAAGAUUACCUCACUCCCUAUGACAUAUCUUGGCCUCCCGUUGGGGGCCGUCUCAAGAGCAGCUUCUCUAUGGGAUACAGUGAUUGAGAAAGUAGAGCGUCGAUUGGUAGGUUGGAAGAUAAUGUACCUGUUAAAAGGUGGUAGGAUUACCCUAAUAAAGAAUACAUUAUCUAAUCUACCGACCUA